GCUGGCUCCAUUGCGCUCGGCUCGCUCAGCUUCAUUCGGCUUCAUGGGCCCUUUUGGCUUCCCCCGCGGCUGCUGAACGCUCUUCCGCUGGCCACCGUAGCGAUGCUGGUGUCCUUCACCCGCUGCUCUCGUCUGUGGGCACCGGUGCUGGUUCUUGGCAGCCUCAUCGACAUCAUCGAGGCCUUUCCGGCCUCCUGGGGGGCGCCAGUGUUUCUGCUCGUCUUCACGGUGCGAGCCACGCUGCGGUGGCUGGACUUCAUCCAACUCUGCCGAACCCACGCGCGCUGGCGUCAGGAGGAUGAACAGGAGGCGGCCGUGCUGGCGCAGGAGUGGCGCGCUGCCCAGUUGGCGUACCGAGGCGCCCAGGCGAAAGUGGCCGAGGCCCAGUCCCUGGCGACGAAAGCCAGGCAGGACGUGGAGUCUGUGCAGCGCGACGGCGCAUCUCUGGGCAGCGCCGCCCGUGCCGGCCUUCACUUCAUGGGCCGACUGCUCGGCGGCAGCUCCGUGCGCGCGAUCGAGUGA